GUGUCUUAUUACGGCCGUGGCGCGAGCAAAAUGGAGGAUUCACAACGCCAUAAAAUGGAACUAACAGCGGAAAAGCUGCAAAUCAAGGCGGGCAUACGCGUGCUGGAUUUAGGUUGCGGAUUUGGCGGAUUGAGUCGCCAUCUCGCUAAAAACUUUGACAUCGAAGUAGUCGGGAUAACGAAUUCUUCAUCAAUGGCGGCCUACGCGGGAAACGUUUGUCGCGAAUUGCCCGUGGAAAUUAGAGAGAUUGAUUGGCGUGAAAUUUGCGAAAAAGAAGAAACAUUCGAUAGAAUUGUGGGGAUUGAAAUAUUGUUCCAUAUCGGAUCUCACAAUUUGGAAGCAUUUUACAAAAAGUUGUUCAAUUUAUUAAAACCCGAGGGAAUUUUGGUACUGCAAGAUUUUUCUGUGAGAAAAGAUUCCGCACAUAAUUUAAAUUUUUUGCAAAAAUUCGUCUUUCCAGGCCACUACAUGUACAGUUUGGCACAGAUUUUUGAAAUUUCUGAGAAGUAUUUUGGUUUAGAAGAGUAUCUGGAUAUGAGCAGAGAUAUGGCGAUUUUUUUUAGGGAAGCGUUGCACCUCUUGAGGCGAAAUUGGGACACGAUUUCGGAUAAGUAUGAUGAGCGUGUGUUUCAAAUUUAUGAGAUUUUUUUCGCCGCAGCGUCAGUGGAUGAGGGGAUGUUCAGUGCGGGGCAAAUGGUGUUUCAGAAAUUGAGGAAAUCCUUGUAAAUUUAUGGUUUAAUGUCAAAUAUUAGUGAACAUUUGGCGAUGGUCCUACUUUAAUGUGUGACGAGUAUCUAUACAGAGGGUACAUAGAAUUAGAACAGGAUAUAAAUUUUAUAUGUUCCUGUAUGAAGUUCCUGUAUAAAUUAAAAUAUGAGUUGCAGUAAAAUUUACCAUUUUUUAUGAAUCCUAUUAAAUAUGCAUUCUAAUACGACUGAUUUAUGGGGCAGAGAAUUUUUUUAAGACAGGUUGCCUGGAACGCAACUGGGUGUUCUAAGGAUUCUAUCAGUCAAUUCGGCAACCUUGAAUGUGCUCAACUGCACGGUAGCUGCUCUCAUUUAUGAGAAAAGUGACACCUACCUGAAAGCAGCGAAGGCCAUGAUGUAAAGAAAAAUGAUAAAAUCGUACACCUUCUGAAGCCACGCCACGUUCUGAAGGAACCGGAAGUCAAUCAGCCAGGCUAAUCAUCUCAGACGACACACCACAUCCUCGGUCAGACCUGAGAAUGCGAUUUUUACAAUAGUCCAACGAAAAUCUGAAUCAAGCAAAAACCAGUGACUGGGGUCACAUCUCUUCCAGAACUCCAAAACAAACUCUUUUUCGGUCAACAAUAUUCAAGGUCGAGUUGAUUUUGGCGAGUUUCUAGACGAAAACCGCAAUUCGGCUGCUGGUAUAAAGGGCCCAGGAAUUUUGUGUACGCGCAUGCCCAAAAUAUAUGGUAAUCCUGUGGUGAAUCCUCACUACAUGAGGUACCAAACUGUGUAUACAAACGGGGUCCCCGAGACGAAGAUUAGAAAAAAGUGGCUACCAUUAAUGGUUUGUAUUUAGCUCUGGUUUCGAGGCGUGACAGACCUGGUCGUCACUUUUGGUUGGCAAAAUUUAGACGUACGGUUUCACCGUGGCCAUAUCUUGCCCUUGUACUUCAAUACUAUGGAGACUAAGCAACUUUUUCCAAAUUCGAAAGAAAUUCCAUAUUGACCGGAUGGAGUAUCAUCCCACCCUUCAAACACUAAUAUUUGAUUUUUCGAGUGUCAGUCGUUUACCAUCUUGGCAUAGGGAGUGCCCCUCGGAAACACCCCGGACAUGACCCCAAUUAAAAAUUUGUGGUCCUAGCUUAAAUUUAAGCCGGUCUACGAAAAAGUUCCAUGCGAUACUGCUUCCAAGACCUCACGUUUAUAAAACGUUUGAAAAAAAAUUCCCAAAACUGUUUUGGAAAAUCUGUCAGAAAAUUUGAGGAAAAAUUUCAUAACAUGCAAAAUCGACUGGA